UUGUAGAAAAGUUUUUGUGUAAAAUUGAUCAGCUGAAAUAUAAUAUCUCCGCAACAGUGUCAAUUCUGGAGUGUUUGUUGUGUGUUGUGCAUUAUAUUCGAAAACAAAACUAAAGAACAUAAACAUUUCUAGUACCCGUGCGACUAAACCAACGAAAAAGAUAUACAAACACCCAGCGGUCUGAAUGGUGUUCGCAUAAGAAGAUGCGCAAUAGAUAAAACGAAAUUCAGAUAAAGCCUUGCCAGAUAUUCACUACAGCCUGCCUUUGUUCUGCCUUCGACGCCUUGCAACCGGGUCUCACGUUGGGAUGCGAACGAAUCUAUUACUGGGGAACGCAACAAGCAGCUAGAACGGGAAAGCACGAGACGGACGAGAAACGACCAUGAACGCAGGCAAGAGAUAGAACAAACAAGAAAAAGAACCAACGAACGUUUGACCGAAGGGCAAGCAGUGCAUUUUGAUAAGCCAAAUACAAAACACCCACAGCUUAAAAGUGGGGUUUCGGGGUUUUAAAAACGUUCCUUUCGGUGACUGCUCUCCGUGCGCAGCAAAAGUUCCUGUGAGAGGCCAACAAGUAUCUCAAGCAUCAAACAAAAAACCCUUAAGGGUGGAACAGCUGAUUCACGCCAAUCCCUAACGCGCAACAUCAAUGAAAUCAACAUGAGCUCCUGCUAAAGGUCGUGACCACCAAUCAAACAAACAACUUCUCCGGGUAAUACAAGUAAACCGCCGAGAAUUUGCAACACAGUAAGAACAAAACUUUAGCUGUGCCGUUUGUGUCCUAUUACCAGCUGGAUCACUGUACGCUCUAUCAACACACACCCCUCAUCAACCGUUGUGCAGUUCAGCAGCAAAACACAUACGCACACACACACACCAUGGUGGAACCCAUGUUUGAUUAUCAAUUCCGACACAUUUUGAUAGGAGACAGCACGGUCGGGAAGUCGUCGCUACUAAAAUAUUUUACCGAUGGCAAAUUUGCAGAGCUUUCCGAUCCAACGGUAGGAGUCGACUUCUUUGCCCACCUGAUAGAGGUAAUGGACGGUACGCGGAUCAAGCUGCAGCUGUGGGAUACGGCCGGCCAGGAGCGUUUUCGUUCAAUCACCAAAUCAUACUAUCGUAAUUCCGUCGGCGUGCUGCUCGUGUACGACAUUACCAAUCACGCCAGCUUCGAACACAUCCCGCUCUGGAUGAUGGAAGCGAAACGGCACAUCGAACCUCACCGGCCGGUAUUUGCGCUGGUCGGUUGCAAGCUGGAUCUGGUCACAAGCGGUGCCCAGCAGCGUGAAGUUAGCAUCGAAGAGGCGCGCGCCUUCGCCGAACAGCAUGGUUUGAUAUUCGUUGAAACGUCCGCCCGGUCCGGGGUGAAUGUGCGGGAAGCGUUCAAGCUCGUUACGCAGGAGGUGUACAACAGGAUUAAGAAUGGUGAAUAUAAGGUCGAGGACGGAUGGGACGGCAUUAAGAAGGGUUUCAUGCGGCCAAACAAUCUGGACUUUAAUCUAGUGGUGGCUGAAUCCGCACGGAGUAGUUGCUGUUAGAAGUUGUGCGCCUAAACGAUGGGACAGCUAUGCCGAUGCAUCAUACCUACACGCGCGUCUUUAGCAUGCGGUAUCGAAAUACGGUGGUGUUCGUUCAAAUGAGGGAAAAGCGCUAGGUUUUAGAAAGCAUCCUUUUCGUCUUGCGAGCACCCGGUACAAGCAGGUCCUCAAUGUGUGUUUAUUUAGUUGUGUAACUCGGGCAAUUAUUCUGCUGUUUGUGGGGGUAGUGUAAAGUGUAACGCUUUCCAUCAAACUGUUUUUAUUUUCGAUAGAAAAAUUCGUUUUACAAACAUUCUCUUCUCACAGGUCACCGAAAUUGUGCUUCAGAUAAGGUUUUUUGUUUUUUAGUUUUCCUGUUAUUUAACACAAUUUUCAAAGCUGGCAAGAGAAGGAGACAACCGUUAUAGUCCUGAAUGCGAAUUUCAUUCUGCUACGUAAUUGUAUGUUUCUUUGUUUUUUAAUCGACAGUAACAGAAACUGUCUCGUAAAUGAGUAUAAAGUUAGGUUGGCUGGUAUUUCAGAAGAUAAUCCUAUAUAGGCAUAACAGGUACCAGGCUUAGCGUUUCAUGAGGGAUAAGGUGCUCACAGAGAAGGAAAAAAAGAAACAACCGUUUUCAUGUGAUAUUAUUUGUGUACAUUUUUUGUGGGGAUUGUGUGUAUGUAUUUUGUGUAGGUAUGUGCGUAUGCAGACGUGUCCCCCCACGGUAGGCAAGUAGAGGCAUUCGUAAUGCCCAACAGUGCAUACGUAUUCUGCACUAAUAGUUGCAGUUACACCGUAAUGUAUACAUUUUCAUACACAAAAAACAACAUAUGAGUAAUAAAAAUACAAUGUUCUUGGUGAUCUGUUUUAGAGAGCUAAACUGUAAUAGAAUUCAAUUAAACAAAUGUUAGUGUAAAAAACUAAAUCAAAACAAAACCAGCAAACCAAAAAAAUGUCAAAAGCAGAUAAUAAGGAAUUAAUUGAAUGCAGUAACAAAAAAAAUCAUUUUGUGUUUACUGUAAGUGUUUCUUCCUUAAUGGAAAAACAACCCGUAUGUACAGAAAAACAUUCAGCUAUAUUCUUCAGCAGUUCAAUUUUUUCUAGACAGCCGACUAAAAAUGCAUGCGUUACGUUACAAGCAUAUUAAACCGUCAGCAUAUCGGCUAUUUUAAGCGCGAUUAUACGAUCAACUAAUAUACACUGAGCACUUUCCUUACGUUUUAUACUUUUAACGGGGAACAUAUACAACAAACUAAGGCACUACAUAGUUUGAAGGAAAAAAAAACAACUUACACACAUAAGCUCUUUAACCAUAUGAACCAAAUGAAUAAAGGUGUAUAAAUUUGUCUUUGAAGUAC